CUAUCUUGGAUUUCAGCCUCUGAUAAACUUUAAUGCUUAAUUCUACACAAGUAAAGAGCUAUCAACCACAUCAUACCUUCUUCUAAUCUCAACACAUACAAUCCCGGUGUGCAGGUUUCGCCUUUUUACAAUUCCCUCUACAUCAGAACAUAGAAGUAGAUCCCAGUCGCUAUCGCACAUAACUUUCUAUUGAGCGCGGGCGCUGCAUAAUACCCCGUUUUGGACGCCACUGCAUGAUCUGUCACGAAUUCUUUCCCUUGACUACUUUCCUAAGAUCGCCCAUCAACCCGUCAAACCUAGGCCGAUACGUUUAAUAGCUCUCCGAAAUGGGUUCCCGCCAACGCAGAGAUUUGGUUGCAAGACGAAGGCGGGUUGAGGACGAAGGCGAUGAUGAAGGAGCUCAAGAUAUUGCUGAACUUGAUGACUACUCUUUGUCAGAAGGCUCGAUAAUUAGUGAGGAUGAAGAUAUUCACGAGGGCGACGAACCUAUCGAUGGCGGCAUUGCAAAUAAUGAGACGUCUGAAUCGAACAAGAUGAAUGGGAAUGGAUCUAAGCUGAAUGGUGGACAAACAAAAGCUAGCAAUGGUACUACUGAAGCUUCAAAGUUCAUAAAUGGUGCCAAUGAUAUGGAAAUGAUGGUUAACGGACCCAAAAGCUCUGAGCCGGUACAAACAGUACAAUUUGAAGACUUUCGAGAAGACGAGACCAAAGACACCCCUUCACCGGCUAUUGUCACAUCUACUGCUCAAAUGGAUCGACAACAAGAACAGCCUCAUGAAAGACGGAGGAGAGAACAUGAAGAAUACAAGAAAAAGAGAGAUGCGGAUCCAGCGUUUGUGCCAAAUAGAGGAGCAUUCUUUAUGCACGACCAUCGUCAUGCUGGUCCUGCGGCGAAUGGUUUUAGGCCAUUUGGCAGGGGCAGAGGUGGUCGGGGUCGGCCCGGUAUUGGAGGGCCCUAUGCACCUAUCAAUCACAUUUCACAACCUUUGGAACCCACCGACGUUCAAUGGGCACACGACAUGCACGAAGUAAUAACUGAACCCGUACCAAUAUCUACAAAUGGAGCUUCGAAUGGAUCCCAAAGAUCAGCUCCAGCUCCAAAAUCCGCACCUCUCAAUCGAUCACUUUCCACUACGAAGCACAUUGGAAAUGUACAAAUCCGUGUGUUCUUUGGAGAUAUGGAAAACCCUGUAUUAUUUCCUGGAAUUCCAGUGAAGCAAUAUACGCGUCUACCUGAUCAUCGACCACCACUUCGUCGAGAUAAACCUGUUCGAAUAUCCUUACCUGACCAUCCACCACGUUACAUAUUCCCUGCUGUCGAUAGAUCAUUCAUAUUCAUCCCAAGAGCUAUGCGACCUAAUCAACAAGGGUUUGGUGGACGUGGCAGAGGAAGAGCUGGUCUUGGAUCCGUCGGGGGUUAUUCGAGACGUACGAGCGUUUUUGGUGGUAGCGUUUACGGAAGUACUUAUACUCCAAGCGUUGCCAUGAGUCGUCGUUCGUCCCUUGCACGAGAGGUCAAUCGAGAAGCUCUUGUCUCACCUAGCGGAUCGACAAUGUCUAGGCCACAAAUAUCGAUGGAUUCAUCGAGACCCGUGGUAAAAUUACCGCCAUCAAGCCAAGCUGCACAACCUCAACAAUUUCAGGCACCUGAGCCUGGAGUAGCUAAUGGAUCUUCACAAGUCUCUUCUCUCGAAAAUGUUCCACAACCUCAAACCUAUCCUCUCCCCCAGAAGCCAACUCUUCGGGAAAACCGUCCGAAUACAAUUCCAAUGCAUCAACCUCGGCCUCAGAAGACUGUCUCUCUGGCCGACAUUGAAUCACCCGCAUCAAUGUCAUUCAAUCCUCCCCAGCAAAGCCAACAACCAUUUCAUCAACAGGUCCCCAUCCAAAUUAAUGGAAAUAGUUAUUCGCACGAUAACGUUCAACAUUCCCGCCAACCAUCCUAUCCAAGUCAAGCUUCAACUGGUACCCCAUUAUCACAAAUUCCAGAAAGAGCUAUUCACGCACCGGCUUUCCAACCUAACCCUUAUCAACAGCCAGCCUCCAACUACUACCCACAGACUUACCCCGUUUUGCAGCCCCCACAAGGAUAUUACUACCCUCAAACCUUUAAUGCACCCAUGGCUUCUACAGUUGGCACGACUCCUUUUGUACCCGCACAACAGCAGCCUCAACAAACAUAUAAUCAACCUGCACCUCAGCCUGCUGAAGCUUCGACAUCGCAAGCACCUCAAAAUUUGGUAGCUCAAGAAGUCAAUGGAAUGGUGUAUUAUUAUGACGCAGCGCAAAUUCCAGCCGUUCCAAGUUUCCCAGCCGGCUAUCAACAACCUCAACAAUAUCCUAUGCAGCAAGUAGGAGGUGUAGUAGGAAUGGGCGGUAUGAUGACACCAAGCCCGGAUGGUUUCUAUUACCCGCAGCAACAAGGUGUUGUGUAUUACACACAAUAAUGACUUCUAUAACUACUCCCGUCAAAGUCUUCAUUCACGAUUUGCAAGUCACACCUUUAUAGUCUCUCUUAAUGCCUUCAGCUAUUUUAUGCGUAUUUUCUGAAGCGUUUGCUUUUUAUCGUCUCUUGUGGUUACGAAUGCGAAAAAAAAAGAUAUAUCACUGUUCAUUCUUCAGAAGCAACGGCUUGACUUCUCAUAUCAUGUUUUUGUAUCAGGGAUGGCAAUUCAAUUCUUUUGAUCUGGUUGGCAUGGUUUUUUUUUGGUUGCAAGUUAGAGCUUCUGCUAUGCUUUUCGGGUCUACCCUUUUGCAUUUCGAUCUUCUUGAUCAUUCAGUCUCUGAUUCAAUUUUCUCGUCUUGGUACGGUGUAUUUUCUCAAUGAUAAUGGCCCCUGAUGUUUCGAUUGGAACAAUGAACGAAUGGAUAUCUCUUUCGGGUGGACGUACGGUUGUGGGAUGGCCUUCUGCAUUGGAUCGAAACUUAUGUUUGCUGUUAGCGAGCGGGUGGAGUCAUGGAUAUCGAUAGUGAUAGCGGGAGCGGGAGUCGUAAAGUUAUGAAGUAGUGGUAGUAGUAGUAUUUACAUAGCAAGAAUUAUUGUGUGGGGAUGAAUAUGUUGGCGGAUUGAACGUGGAAUGGAUAUGUUUCCAUGCCGCCUUAUGAUACAUCAAUUGAAUUACCCUUCUGAUGU